UAAGAAAUGAAGUCAAUUCAAUACAUAGUCGGUGUGGCUAACUCCCAGUCCACGCCGCUCACCAACCAACCGGACAGGUGCGAUUUUCUGAGACAGUGAUUGGUUCAUCGCCCUGUCAAUCAUCCGCUGAGGGGCAAACUUGAUCUCCAGCUCGACUGCCUCCUCUCCGGAUUUUUAACUCGAAAAUAUAAAGGAUCGAAAUACAGACCAGGAACAAGACAUGUCUUUUGAGCUCUCCUAUCAAACAUUAAAAACUUCGAAUCAAGCGAGGGAGGCGGAGGAGAUUCGAACAGAAGCACGCCGAAAGAAUCUCUUGAUUCUAAUUCUACACUACCUAACUGAAGAAGGUUACAUAGAUACAGCAAAUACUCUGGAACAAGAAACCAAUCUUGGUCUGCGACGAUUUGAAGUUUGUGAUAAUAUUGAUCUGGAAACGAUCUUAAUGGAGUAUGAAAGUUACUAUUAUGUCAAGUUUCAGCGGUAUCCAAAGUUAACGAAAAAGUUACCUGAUGAUGAAAAUGCAAAAUUACAGCCACGAAGUGGAGGAAAACUAAAAAGGACAACAAACUGUAAUUCUAAGGUGCUCCCUAAAAUCUCCACACCACAGCGGCCACAUUCCAAAAUCGGAAUGAAAAAAACAGAGCUGAAACCUCAGAAACAGGAGAAUGGGCCAACUACUCCUGAAACUUCAGAGUUUGGUUUGAAUGUGUCUACCAUUAAAGUUGGAGAUGGAGUUCAUCCCCGACGGGGUCAGAUCAUUGACUUACGUGGAAUGAUUCAAGAUGCCAUUAAAGAUUCAUCCAAUGAAAUAGCAGUAAACAGUCUGAAUUACAACCAGGACCCAUCAGAGAGAUUAAUAAAGCCUUUGGGUGCCUUCAUUGGAGCAUCUGGUGAAAUGAGAGAUCUUGCUGUUGUUGUUAGCAGGGAUAUUUAUCUUCAUAAUCCAAAUGUGAGAUGGGAUGACAUAAUUGGGUUGGAGCCAGCCAAGCGACUCGUUAAAGAGGCUGUUGUGUACCCUAUUAAGUAUCCUCAGCUCUUCACUGGGAUUCUGUCCCCAUGGAAAGGACUGUUACUUUAUGGACCACCAGGUACCGGAAAAACUUUGCUCGCAAAGGCUGUGGCCACUGAAUGUAACACAACAUUCUUCAACAUUUCAGCUUCUACUAUUGUCAGCAAAUGGAGGGGUGACUCUGAGAAACUUGUCCGGGUGCUGUUUGAACUUGCUCGAUUUCAUGCUCCUUCUACCAUCUUCCUGGAUGAGCUGGAGUCAGUGAUGAGUCAACGUGGCAGUGUUCCAGGAGGAGAGCAUGAAGGAAGCCGACGGAUGAAGACAGAACUCCUGGUGCAGAUGGAUGGCUUGGCUCGUUCCGAUGAUCUUGUCUUUGUUUUGGCAGCUUCUAACAUGCCUUGGGAGUUGGAUCAUGCAAUGUUACGGCGAUUGGAGAAACGAAUUUUGGUAGAUCUUCCAUCCAAAGAGGCACGACAGGCAAUGAUCUUGCACUGGCUGCCCCCACUGAGUAUCAGUGGGGGUGUUGAGCUUCGAACAAAGCUGGACUACAGCUUACUGGGACAAGAGACUGAAGGCUACUCUGGUUCUGAUCUCAAGUUGGUUUGCAAAGAGGCAGCGAUGCGACCUGUUAGGAAAAUCUUUGAAGCAUUAGAAAAUCAUCAAACAGGAAAAAGCGGUCUGCCCACUUUUCAUCUGGAAACUAUCUCUACAAAUGAUGUGCUUGAUGUGAUCAUUCACACGAAGCCGUCUGCAAAGAGACUCGGUCAGAAGUACACUGCCUGGCAACAUGAGUACGAGUCAGUGUGACCUGAUGGAUACGGGACGUGUUACCCGUGCUCGUCCACUCUCCCUCUUGGUGGAUUUGCUGUGGACAACUUCUGCAUGUUCCCAGUGAAACUACUGCCUUUCAAAAGCAUCCUGGCAUCUAAACAUUAAAUGUUUGUCAUUUUUGCCGUGCUGGAAAGCCAGUGGAAGAGACUUAUCUGAAUGUUCUCAAUCAACGAGGACUAACACUGAGAGAUCUACAGUUACAUUAGAGUCACCAAGAACAAUAUACUUACCUGUUGAGCUGAGGGAGUUGACACCAUCUCCACUGUGAAGAAUAUUACAAAAUACAAGGAUACAUACAUACAUGAGGGAGUUAGAUAUGGCCCUUGUGGCUACGGGGGUCAGGGGGUAUGGAAGGAAGGCUGGGGCGGGGUUCUGAGUUGGAUGAUCAGCCAUGAUCAUAAUAAAUGGCGGUGCAGGCUCGAAGGGCCGAAUGGCCUACUCCUGCACCUAUUUUCUAUGUUUCUAUGCAGUUGCCAAAGCCUUUUUGUCCAGCUGCAGUUACACUGGUCCCAGACUGGUGAUCCAGUUCUGGGCAAUGCCAGGGAGACCGCAGUAAGACCGGACCCAGACUGGUCAUCCAUUUCCAGGCAGUGCCAGGGAGACCGCAGUAGGACCGGUCCCAGACUGGUGAUCCAUUUCCGGGCGAUGCCAGGGAGACCGCAGUAGGACCGGUCCCAGACUGGUGAUCCAUUUCCGGGCGAUGCCAGGGAGACCGCAGUAGGACCGAUCCCAGACUGGUGAUCCAUUUCCGGGCGAUGCCAGGGAGACAGCAGUAGGACCGAUCCCAGACUGGUGAUCCAUUUCCGGGCAAUGCCAGGGAGACCGCAGUAGGACCGGUCCCAGACUGGUGAUCCAUUUCCGGGCGAUGCCAGGGAGACCGCAGUAGGACCGGACCCAGACUGGUCAUCCAGUUCCGGGCAAUGCCAGGGAGACCGCAGUAGGACCGGACCCAGACCGGUGACCAGUUCCGAUGCACUCAGAGACUUUGGGGAUUAUCUUUGUGAGAAACACAGAAUGAAACAGCAAAUAUAUUCAAUAACAAAAUAACUCGUUUUCUAUCCACUCAUUUUCACUUUUAUGCCCUUUGAUUUGUACAUCAUUUAUGAUGUUACUAAGUCCUAAAUCAAGCCAAGCUUCAUCUUUAAACAAAACUUUAACUGUUUAUCCGGGCCACCUAACCAUUCAUUCAUUCAGAGAUAUUGCAAGGACAGGCUCUUCCAGCCUACUGAGCCCAUGUUGCCCAGCAUCCCACCAAUUUAACCCUAUCUUAAUCACAGGACAAUUUAUAAUGACCUGACUGCUACACAACUCUGGUGCCCCAUGCAAUUUGACUACCCAGACCCAUUCCAACCUGUCAGUCUAUAGCCUCCUCAUAUGAGGGCACUGCCAGCUUGGAGAGAAACAGCUCAUAUUCUGUCUGGAUAGCCUGCAACCUGAUGGCAUUCUUCAACUUGUGGUAAUUUCUCCCUUCUCCCCCCUCCCCCUUCUCUCUUUCCCAGUCACUAUUCUGGCUCCCCUCUCACCCUUUCUCAUCUCCUCUUCACCUGCCCACCACCUCCCCCUGGAUCCCUCCUCUUUCCCUUUCUCCCAUGGUCCACUCUCUCCUAU